AUGCUCAUGCUUCCCCCUUCCCCCGUCUUCGGCAUGUAUCCCCCCAUACUGCCAACUCCGCCCCCCACUCCGCCCAUCUCCCGCUGCUAUGCUCCGGAAGACCGCUUGGGAUUACUCCUGGCCAACCGGCUGGAACUCACCAGCAUCCUAGGCGUAGGCGCCUAUGGUGUGGUCUACACGGCCGUCGACAUUCAUACCAAUGUCCUGUAUGCUGUCAAGGCCCUCAACAAGUCCGGACUGGAUGCCCGCCAGCUCAAGUUCCAGCAGCGGGAGAUCAAGCUCCACCACCUGGCCAGCCAACACCCCAACGUGGUCUCCUUGGUGCGCAUCAUGGACUCGGUGGACUGCACCUAUGUGGUCAUCGAGUUCUGCCCCGAGGGCGAUUUGUUCUCCAGCAUCACCGAGAAGGGUAAUUUCGUGGGCAACGACCCGCUGGUCAAGCGCGUGUUUCUGCAAAUCCUGGACGCCGUUCACUUCUGCCAUUCCAUGGGAAUCUACCACCGGGACCUGAAGCCGGAAAACAUCCUGGUGACGGACCAGGGCCUCACCGUCAAGUUGGCGGACUUUGGCUUGGCGACGACCGACUAUCUGACGUCCGACUUUGGUUGCGGGUCGACCUUCUACAUGUCUCCAGAAUGUCAGCAACCAAGCUCGCGAUCGGUGACGUGCUACGAAUCGGCGCCGAACGAUGUGUGGAGUCUCGGGGUGAUCCUGGUGAACCUGACCACUGGCCGCAACCCGUGGAAGCGGGCCUCGAUCGAGGAUUCGACCUUCCGGGCCUAUCUCAAGGAUCCGUACUUUCUCAAGUCCAUCCUGCCCCUGUCCGAUGAAAUGAUUUGUAUUCUCAGCCGCAUCUUCGAGUGCGACCCUGCCAAACGGAUUACCAUUCCGGAGCUCCGUCAGGUGAUCAUGGAUUGCCCACGGUUCACCAUGAACCCUGUUAUCCCCUGGUCUACGAGCGGACCCAUGCCCGUUGACUACCUCAACAGCCCUGUCCCGGUGCCAGGGCCCGUGGAUGCCUUCAACACCCAGUCCUCUGUUUCCUCUGGUUCUUCCCAGUACUCCGACUUCUCGAGCUCGGUGGUCUCCAGUGCUUCAUCCUUCACCGAAGGCUAUCCGGACAUGGAUAGUGUCUCGUCGAUGUCUUCGGUGGGGUUCGAGGCCGAAGACUGCAAGGAGUUCUAUCCUUCGGAGCCUAUCCAGGUUUCCGAGGGACAUGUCAUUCCUUAUAAUUUGAUUCCUGUUUAUUGA